GUGGAAGAUUUCUCAGAAAAUGUUGGUCAUAUUUGGUUUUCUGUUGAUGAUCGCAGUGGGCUGUUGUAUAAACGAUCAGAACUUUGAGAUAAAAUCUGUUGUUCCUCAACAAAAUGUGACUUUGACGUGUCCUCGUACAUUUACUUACAAAGAAAACAUGUAUUGGAUCAGAAUCAUUUCUGGUCACCAUCCUGAAUUCUUGGGAAAAACAAUUGGCUUUGAUUCAAGUGAAGUUCAUCAAACUUCUCGUUUUACAACCAAACAAGGACCUGGAACUUUUGUUCUGCACAUUAAUCAAACUCAGAUGACUGACACUGGACUUUACUACUGCAUCCAGACCAGCUGGACCAACUUGACAUUUUUGAGAGGAGUGUUUCUCAAAGUUCAAGGAUCCCAAUCUUCCAUCUCAUGUGGAGAGCUCAUGUAUGGAAAUGGAGCAAAACUGGACAUUAAAGAUUGGAAUCACACAGAAAUAGCUCUUUGUAUUGUCUGUGUUGCUUUGGCUGCAAGUGUGGCUGUUUCAGUCUGUCUCGUUUGGAUUAACAAGAAGAAGAAUUGCAACAAUGAUGGUGAACCAGACAGAAGUAAUCAGCAGAGGGAUGAAGCUUCUUUGGCCUAUUCUGCACCAACCUUCAGCAGGAAAAAAGUUACCAACUCAGGGAUUUAUUCUGCUGUUGUUUUCACGAUGAUGAAGACCAGCAGUGGUGGAAGAGGAGAUGUCAGCAUGUCUGAGAGAGAGAGGAUCUAUGCUGCUGUCCAGGCUCUUGGUUUGGAUUAGAAAGUCAAUGUCUGACAUUGCUUGGUGGAGUCUUUAUUAGAUUGUAUACUGUGGGGCAGAUUAAUAAUUAACAAGUUAGCCCUUUUGUGUUUGUGUGAAUGUGUUAUGCAGUGUUAUUGUUAUGCUUUGUUAUUGUUCAUCUUUGUUAUUGUUCAGUGCAUGUUGCGUGAGCGCACACGUUUAGAUGUAACCCGGUUGUGACGUGAUUGUGCAGUCUGUUUUUGUUUGUUGAAUGGUGCUCACGCCUCACGGUUCCCUGCAUGGACGGGCUGACGUGCCGUUCUGUGCCUGAGCCAGAGACCACAACCCAACCAGUCCACGGACGCUGUUUGGAAAAGGCUGUUAUGUCCUCUGUUUCGACUGAAGUAGAUAAAAGUUCAGAAAAGACGAUCCCUUGUUGUGCUCAGUGCUUCACGCACACGCACUGCCAGAAAAAGCCAGAACACACCUGAGAAUCAACAGUGCAACAACAUUUGUCAACUAUCUCAAUUUUACAUCCUGCUCCGUCAUUUGAAACCAGUUACA